AUUUUUUUAAUUAAAUUGUGUUUCGCCCUAUGCAACCGAUGCCCUUGAUAUUUAGUUGUUUCUAUGUUAUCGCGCUUCUCCCCACAGCAGGUAACACCGUGGAUGUUUUUGAAGAUUCGUAAGUAGAUGGGAGUAACUCCAUUCAGUCCAGUAUUACCAAGCUAAGAACAUAUGUUCGGUAUCCCGUUGUAAUAACGGUUCCACGCUUAGCAUUUAUGAACGACAUUUGCACGAAUCAAACAACGAUCAUUAUGCUAUUGUUAGGAUUUCUCAAUGGAUGGCGCUAAGACCCCCGCAUUACGAUCGAAUAUGUAUUAUACCACGUUAAACCUUAAUGUUGGCUUCUAUUUAAUAAGACACGAGAACAGAAGCGGGAUAAGUUUAACCUUAUAUUGCAAGACUCCUGAUUUCAAACCUUUGUACCUUAGCGUGUUUGGCCAAAUGCAGGUUAUCGUGGGCAGCGCCAACGAAGUAUGAGCAAAGAUUCACCGAAUAUACUAUAUACGUGAUGUAUAACUUUCUAGUUUUCAGGAAACCUAUUAUUUUGAGAAUCCCGGUUGACAAUAUAUCCAUGUGCAUGGAGUCAUUUUUGUACAUAGUUUAUAGCUGAAAUGUAUUAAGUACGCUUUUCAAAACUCCAGUUAAGCUUGAAUUAAAAUGUUUUACCGUUUGAAAUAUGUUAACCCCCACUAAGCUAUAGACGAAAAUAUAGAAGAUCGUUUUCUCGUAUGCCACUGUACGAUCUUGAGGACGGAAGAAAGGGUUGGCCUUCGUGAUGACGCAGAAAGUUAUUUGCAUCAAACGCCGAAAAAUGGCGAAAUAAUAACAUCAAGAACGAUAAGACGCAUAGAACUGAAGAUCCAGGUUUUGCCAUUUGACGCGGCGAAACUAUGGGGAACACAAGCAGCGAGCGAGCGGGCGUCGGCCAAGGGGACAAAGCUCACCGACGGGACAGUCGCGGGGCCAAGGAGGGCGAGUGUCCCAAAAUCCUUAUGGACAGCCCUGAGGACGCGGACAUUUUUCACGGAGAGGAUAUUAAGGCUCCAGCUGAGAAGGAGUUUCUGACUUGGCAACCCGAUCUGGAACAUGAUGAUAGCGGCAUCCAGGACCGGCCCACCGUGUUCCGAUGGACCGGGGCUGGCAAAGACGUCUUUGUGUCUGGAUCAUUCAACAGCUGGGCCACUAAGAUACCUCUGAUCCGGAGCCAGAACAACUUUGUGGCCAUAGUUGGCCUCCCAGAAGGUGAACACCAGUACAAGUUCUUCGUUGAUGGUCAGUGGACCCACGACCCCGCAGAGCCGGUGGUAACCAGCCAACUCGGCACAGUCAACAAUGUCAUCCAGGUGAGGAAGACGGACUUUGAGGUCUUUGAUGCACUCAUGGUCGACUCACAGAAAUCCUCGGACAUGUCAGACUUGUCCAGCUCACCACCUGGUCCGUACCACCAGGACCCCUACAUGCCUAAACAGGAAGAGGGCGCCAAGUCCCCGCCCAUCCUACCGCCACACCUUCUGCAAGUUAUCCUUAACAAGGACACAGGCAUUUCUUGUGAUCCUGCCCUGCUUCCGGAGCCCAACCACGUCAUGCUGAAUCACCUGUACGCCCUCUCGAUCAAGGACGGCGUAAUGGUGCUGAGUGCCACUCACCGGUACAAAAAGAAGUACGUCACCACUCUUCUGUACAAGCCCAUAUGAACGCUGGACACUGAGACGUCUGUCGAUUCUCGUCCUGCUUUGCCUCUGCUGUUUUCAAUCACAAGCACUGCCGUGACAUCUUUUCAUUUUCAGUCAUCCUCAGACAAGUGUAGCCAAGGAGCGUGAAGAAGAUUUCCCAGAAUGCUUUGCCUCAAAAUUGCACGGUGACAAGCUUGCUCCUGCUUCCCUAGUGGAUAAGGGAAGGUUCAGCGUUUCUAGAUAACGGGCCUCAAUUCACCAACCGUUCUUAAGAAGUAGUUUCUUCUUAAAACCCACUCACAGUAAGCAGUUUUAAUGAAGAUUUUGACAUUCAAUGUUUUAUUUGGGAUUUGUACUUAGGUAAGAACAGAACCAAUGCACAAUCGACGGCACAUUCAUGCACAUUUGAUUGCUGACAAGUUUGUUCAAAAUAAUAGCUUAUUGCGUUUUCUUCAAUCCUGCAGUUGUAUAAUAUUAUAGGAUUAAAAUUCCAACAAUAUUUUUAUUAUUUAUACAAUUAAAAAAUAAUUUAAUUACAGUUUUACUAAUGAAUAUUUUAAUAAUUAUUUAUUACUAAUAAUUUUUUUUAGCAAUUAAAUUAUUGAAACAAGUAAUAGUAUCCUAUGCAUUUUCUUCGUCAUUGCAUAUCCACCCUGCCAAACAUGACGGCUCGUUUGCCGUUCACAUCCUUCAGCAGGACCUCCACUUCAGAACCGCCGAAGUUAUUCUUACAUUUGCAGUCCGGUGCUCCACCGGGGGCCUGGCGGGGACGUUUACCUAUGCUAAUUAGGACCACCACACACAUGCUUUCAAUUUACGAGGGUAGUGGGACACGUUUGCUAAGGGAUCUGUGGUUUAAGGACAUGUCGCGAAUCAGAUGUAGGCUUUCUUAGAACCUUCUUGGGAUCUUUCUCAAGAACAAAAUCUUAGGAUGAAAUUGUUGAACGAGGCCCACUGUUUGUAGAACUCGCACGAACUAUUGAAAUGCGACUUUUUUGGUACAAACAGUGUUUUUCUUCUCUCUCUCACUAAGCAUCUUCAACCAAGUCACAUGCCUGCAUAUCUAAUGAGUCUCUGUCAUCCACAUGUACUUGUUCCAACCGGAAAAUCGUUUACAGACAUAAUACUCUAACAUUCUGUUUAUAUCGAAAGUAGUAUACAUUUUUGAUUUGUUUCUUACAAUUAGAGUUUGCUGCUGAAAUAGUGUAAGGGGCUGCCAGGAGAAAUGAGGGACCGAUGGCUGGGAAACUGAACUGAAUGGCUAUGGUUCAGGGGAACCGGGCCGGGCUCCUCCGGGCCCUCUCAAUAUGCGAUUGAGGGAUCUGCCCAUUUCCUUGAUCACUUCCUGCCGAGGUUAUCGCCACCUGUAGAGAUUGGGGAUUGGAUGUAUCUGUGCCCAGUUUCUAACAUAAUAAAGGAUGUGAUUCUGUGACCA